AUGGAUUCAAGCAAACAACUGCAGCAAGAAGAGAGUGAACCUCUCACUGAUCCAACUGCUUAUAGGAGAUUGAUAGGUCGACUUGUGUAUCUGUGUAUAACUCGGCCUGAUAUCACUUUUGCGGUUAACAAGCUUAGUCAAUUCCUAUCAAAACCUCACACUGGACAUAUGCUUGCUGGUGAACAUGUUUUGCGAUAUUUGAAGGGAACUAUUGGCCAUGGACUAUAUUACUCGGCCAAAUCUGAUCUUUCCUUGAGUAAUUUCUCUGAUGCAGAUUGGGCUGCUUGCCCCGACACUAGGAGAAGCAUAUCUGGCUUUUGUUUGUUUCUAGGCACUUCACUUAUAUCAUGGCGCUCCAAGAAACAACACACCGUGUCUAGAUCCUCAGCAGAGGCCGAGUACAGAGCUAUGGUUGUUGCUUGUUGUGAGGUGGUGUGGAUAGUUGCUUGCUCAGAGACUUUGGCAUAG